AUGAUGACAACAUCAUAUUCACAAGAUGACAUAAUCAAAAUAUUAGAAGAUCCAGUAUUGUAUCAGCAAAAGCAUAUGGAAAUCAGAAACGACUUAAUCAAGCAUAUAAGGAAACAAGAUCUAGUUAUCAACGACUUUAAUAAUGAGUUGGAAGUUUGUAAAACUGCAAAUAAGGCAUUCAAACAAGCACUUAGUGAGAUCGGCACUGUUGUAAUAUCUGUCGCCAUGGGUGACUUGUCGAAAAAAGUUGAGAUCCAUGCAGUUGAAAGCGAUCCUGAGAUUUUGAAGGUGAAAAUUACCAUUAAUACAAUGAUGGACCAAUUACAAACAUUUGCAAAUGAAGUAACAAAAGUGGCUACAGAAGUUGCCAACGGUGAGCUAGGAGGACAGGCUAAAAACGAAGGUUCAGUUGGUAUAUGGCGUUCAUUAACUGAUAACGUUAAUAUCAUGGCUUUGAAUUUAACAAAUCAGGUUAGAGAAAUUGCAGAUGUAACAAGAGCAGUUGCCCGAGGAGAUUUAUCAAGGAAAAUCAAUGUACAUGCCCAAGGGGAGAUUUUGCAAUUACAAAUGACAAUAAACACUAUGGUGGAUCAAUUGAGAACUUUUGCUUUUGAAGUUUCCAAGGUGGCUAGAGAUGUUGGUGUUUUGGGUAUAUUGGGAGGACAAGCAUUUAUCGAGAAUGUCGAAGGUAUAUGGAAAGAGUUGACAGAUAACGUCAAUGCUAUGGCCUUGAACUUGACUACUCAAGUCAGAAAUAUCGCAAACGUCACAACUGCUGUGGCCAAGGGUGAUUUAUCGAAAAAAGUCACUGCUGAUUGUAAAGGUGAAAUUUUGAAUUUGAAACUAACUAUAAAUCAAAUGGUGGAUCGAUUGUUGAAAUUCGCAUCGGAAGUUACAACUUUGUCGAGAGAAGUUGGUACAUUGGGUAUAUUAGGAGGGCAGGCAAAUGUUCAAGAUGUUGAGGGUGCUUGGAAAGCGGUUACAGAAAAUGUCAACUUGAUGGCAACAAACUUAACCAAUCAAGUUAGGUCGAUUGCUACAGUGACCACUGCUGUCGCACAUGGUGACUUGUCUCAAAAGAUUGAUGUUCAUGCCCAGGGAGAAAUUUUGCAAUUGAAAAACACCAUCAAUAAGAUGGUGGACUCUUUACAGCUAUUUGCAUCAGAAGUGUCCAAAGUUGCAAGGGAUGUUGGGAUUAACGGUAAAUUGGGCAUCCAAGCACAGGUUAGUGAUGUCGAUGGAUUGUGGAAGGAAAUUACAUCAAAUGUCAAUACUAUGGCCUCUAACUUGACUUCCCAAGUGAGAGCAUUUGCUCAAAUUACCGCUGCUGCUACCGAUGGUGAUUUCACGAGAUUUAUCACUGUUGAAGCGCUGGGCGAGAUGGAUGCCUUGAAAACAAAGAUCAACCAAAUGGUGUUGAAUUUAAGAGAGUCGAUUCAAAGAAAUACAGCAGCUAGAGAAGCUGCUGAAUUGGCAAAUAGUGCGAAAUCCGAAUUUUUAGCUAAUAUGUCUCAUGAGAUUAGAACUCCGCUUAAUGGUAUUAUUGGUAUGACCCAGCUAUCAUUAGAUACAGAGCUAACGCAAUACCAGAGGGAAAUGUUAUCAAUUGUUCACAAUUUGGCAAACUCCUUAUUAACCAUUAUCGAUGAUAUUUUGGAUAUCUCCAAAAUUGAAGCCAAUAGGAUGACUGUAGAACAAAUUGAUUUCUCGUUAAGAGGAACUGUGUUUGGUGCAUUGAAAACAUUGGCUGUUAAAGCUAUUGAAAAAAAUUUAGACUUGACUUAUCAAUGCGACUCAUCCUUCCCGGACAAUUUAAUUGGUGAUUCCUUUAGAUUACGACAAGUUAUUUUGAACUUGGCAGGUAAUGCAAUAAAGUUCACAAAGGAAGGAAGAGUUAGCGUAAGUGUUAAAAAGUCUGACAAACCUGUUGAAGAUAGCGACAAGUUACUUUUAGAAGUCUGUGUUAGCGAUACGGGAAUAGGUAUCGAGAAGGAUAAAUUAGGCUUAAUUUUCGAUACUUUUUGUCAAGCAGAUGGCUCAACUACAAGAAAGUUUGGAGGUACCGGUUUAGGUUUAUCCAUUUCUAAACAAUUGAUACAUUUGAUGGGUGGUGAAAUUUGGGUGACUUCAGAAUAUGGAUCAGGCUCGAAUUUCAAUUUCACUGUUAGUGUUUCCCCAUCAAAUAUCAGAUACACAAGGCAAACGGAACAGCUUUUGCCAUUCAGCUCACAUUAUGUGCUCUUUGUUUCUAAUGAGCACAGUGAUGAAGAACUAGAAGAAAUCAAAGAUGGGAUUUUGGAGUUGGGUUUGAAUCCAGUGAUUGUAAAAAAUAUUGAAGAUGCUAAUUUGCUGGAACCCAUCAAGUACGAUAUUAUAAUGAUUGAUUCUAUUGCUACUGCAAAGAAGUUACGUCUCUUGCCGGAAGUCAAGUACAUCCCAUUGGUACUCGUUCACCAUUCGAUACCGGACUUGAAUAUGAGGGUUUGUAUAGAUUUGGGUAUUUCCUCGUACGGAAAUACGCCGUGCUCGAUAACCGAUUUGGCAAGUGCUUUGAUCCCUGCUUUAGAAUCAAGAUCGAUAUCGCAAAAUUCUGACGAAUCGGUCAGCUACAAGAUCUUGUUGGCCGAGGAUAAUCUUGUGAAUCAGAAAUUGGCAGUGAGAAUUUUGGAAAAGCAAGGCCAUCAAGUUGAAGUAGUUGAGAACGGAUUAGAAGCAUUUGAAGCGAUAAAGAAAAACAAAUACGAUGUUGUUUUGAUGGAUGUCCAAAUGCCUGUUAUGGGUGGGUUUGAAUCUGUGGAAAAGAUAAGGCAAUGGGAGAAAAAGUCAAAUCCAGUUGACUCUCUAACUUUCCGAACGCCGAUUAUUGCAUUAACUGCACACGCCAUGUUGGGUGAUCGUGAGAAGUCAUUAGCAAAAGGAAUGGAUGACUAUGUGUCAAAACCUUUAAAGCCAAAGUUAUUAAUGCAGACCAUAAACAAGUGUAUCCACAAUAUUAACCAAUUAAAGGAGCUAUCCAAACAAAAUCACAACAACCGUACAUCAGAGUUUGCCAAGAAGUUGAAAAAAGGUGCUAUUAAGGAUGGCAAUGCAAACCUUAGUCCUAGAGGAAGCUAUACUCCGCCAGCAACGACUGGUAAUGGGGACAACAACAACAACAAAUCAUUUCACCAGUCUAAAUCUCCGUCUAACUUAGUCACUGGUGGUAGUAGUAGUAGUAGUAACAGUGAUGGUGGCGGUAAUAGCGGUAGUCCCAGUAUGGGCCCAAAAUCGCAUUCAUCAGAGGUUGUUCCUUCAGUUAACACGAGACCCGGCCAAUUAAUGCAAAACUAUCGAUCGGUAACUGAGAGCGUCCUACAUUAUACAAGUCCUCAAGUAACAGAGAUUACCAGCCAUGACGAUAUCAUGGAUGUUGAUGAUACAAAAUGA